AUGUUCAAGUUUAUCAAAUCCAAAACCUCGAGCCAAAAGUACCACUCGCUUCCAAUGGCUGAAUCAGAUAGAAAUGACCAUGGCGAUCGGUCCAGCAACGACUCCGACCUACCCUUGAUGGAAAAGGAACUUUCUUGUCACAAGAAUGAAGCUCGAACUCGAGGUUUCCUUGGCAACUUGAAGUUAGCAAUGAAAAGUCCAGUGUUCAUUGUGAGCUUUUUGCUCUUCCAAAUUGGAGUCGGAAGCCUUUUUCUUGCUUGGCGUCAUUCUCAUCGCUUCAACGCCCGCUUGAAGGAUGUUUCAAUGCACUCACCUUUGUUGGAUCAAAUUCAAAUCCCGUUGGUCCCUCGCAAAAGUUAUGCUCAGUAUGGCAUGGGAGGGCUCGAGAUUUGGCGCGCUGAGCCUAGCGAGGAGGUCGACAAGGCAUGGGAGCGCGUUACAGCUGAAUAUCUCUUUCCCGUCAAAGAGUCAGACAUCAGAGCCAUGAGAAAAGACCCCUCUGUAGUUGUUCCGAUGCCUGACAAUUACAAGAUCGAUGGGGAGACCACGUACAUGGCCAAGUCCGCAGUCUACCACAACAUUCACUGUUUGGACUACAUUCGGAAGGCAGUUUACCGCGACCAUUACUACCCCAACGGUACUGAUGACAAUCCAUUCCAUGCUUAUCAUACAGCGCACUGUAUCAUGAUCCUUUUUGAGCACUUGACGUGCUCGGGGGAUCCUGGUGUAUACCUCUAUCGCUGGAUGGAAGAAUUCAAUCGACCCAUCGCCGACACAAACAUCUGGCGUCAAUGCUGGGACUUCGAGACCGUGAUGGAAGAGCACAAUGAAAGAGCAGUUAAAGACAUGACUGAAACGGAUGUUCGAAAACCUCAUGGCGUGAAGUCUGUGCCAGCUCCUGAUGGUGUCAUGAACAUCAUUAGGAACUACCAGAGAACACACCCUGACUACAAUCCUGGACAGUAA